AUGUCGCAAGUAUUGGCACCGUUCCAAUUACUGGAACUAAAUGUUAUCUCAGCGCAGGAUUUGGCUUCCGUAGGAAGAAACAUGAGAACCUACGCGGUUGCAUGGGUUCAUCCCGAUAGAAAACUUUCCACACGUGUGGAUACAGAAGGCCACACCAAUCCAACAUGGAACGACAAAUUUGUGUUCCGCGUCGACGAUGAGUUUCUAUACAGCGACACUUCCGCGAUCAUGAUUGAGAUCUACGCAUUGCAUUGGUUUAAAGAUAUCCACGUUGGUACCGUUCGUGUCCUCGUCGGGAAUCUUAUUCCUCCGCCAGCUAGACCUUUUCAUACCGACCGUGCUCCUCUCGGUAUGCGGUUUGUCGCUCUUCAGGCUCGUCGGCCUUCCGGGAGGCCUCAGGGCAUUCUUAAUAUCGGUGUAACGGUUUUGGAUAGUUCCAUGAGGAGUAUGCCGCUUUAUACUUUGAAUGCCUCUGCGGUUGGCUACCGGCAUUUGAUGGGAGAAAAAGAUGCUUAUGAUAGCCAUAAUCAUCUUAGUCCUCUUGUUUUGGCUGCUGGCGGCGGCGGUGGCGGCGGUGGUGGUGGAGGAGGUGCUGGUAAACCUGAACUCCGACGAACGAAAAGUGAUACAAGUUCUGUUAUGGCAUGCGAAGCGGUUUUGCGUCACCAACGUGCUAUUAUUAAUAAGGAAAGAGCUAGUUCUGCAAUUUCUGGUUCUGAAGUGAGCUAUAAUAAAGUGAAUAAAAACAAGAAAAAGAAGAAGAAAAAUAAGAAGAAAAAGUCCUCCAAUGACGAAGCUAGUUCUAUCAUUAGCAGUGUUCUCAGCGACGCCGUUGUUCCAUGGAUAAUUAAAAAUGGAAAAGCAAGUUAUACUCCUGAUUCACACAUGGAACCGCCGCAACCACCACCACGGUAUAAUGAUGACGAACACCACAACAAUGACGAAAAUGAUAUUGAUCAUCAUCAUCAUUAUCAUGAUGAUAACGAGAAGGAUGUUUCGUUUGUGAACACUAUUUCUCAAGCUACAAGAGACACUGAUAUCAAUGACAAACAGAACAUUGCCUAUCAAGUUAAGGCCACGCCAAGUCGUCAUUAUCCAAAAUCUCCGAUGGUGGAGUUUAAAAGCUCUCCGAAGCCGAAGUUUAUGAAAUCCCCUAUGCCAGAAUAUAAUAACUCUCCAAAGCCGCAGUUUAAGAACUCUCCAAUGCCAGAGUUUAAGAACUCUCCUAAACCGCAGUUUCAUAAAUCUCCGAUGCCGGAGUAUAUGAACUCUCCUAAACCGCAGUUUCAUAAAUCUCCGAAGCCGGAGUAUAUGAAUUCUCCAAAGCCUAGGCAUAUGAGAUCUCCGACUCUGCCGGAAUAUGACAACUCUCCAAAGCCUAAGUAUAUGAGAUCUCCGACUAUGCCGGAAUAUGACAACUCUCCUAACCCACAGUUUAAAAACUCGCCAAUGCCGGAGUUUAAGAAUUCUCCAAUGCCACAGUUCAGGAAUUCGCCAAUGCCAGAGUAUAGGAAUACACCUAUGCAGCAAGUUAGGAAUUCGCCUAUGCCGGAGUAUAAGAAUUCGCCUAUGCAGCAAAUUAGGAAUUCGCCUAUGCCGGAGUAUAAGAAUUCCCCUAUGCAUCAAGUUAGGAAUUCGCCUAUGCCGGAGUAUAUGAAUUCCCCUAUGCAUCAAGUUAGGAAUUCGCCAAUGCCGGAGUAUAAGAAUUCCCCAAUGCAGCAUGUUAGGAAUUCUCCAAUGCCACAGUUCAGGAAUUCCCCAAUGCCACAGUUUCGAAACUCAGCUGCGGCGCCACAUUUUAGGAAUUCGCCUGCAGUUUCGAAGUUCAACCCUGCAAUGGGAUUUGGCGGUUCGCACAGGGGGACCCCGAUGCAUCCGUUUGGAAAGAUGAAUGGUGGAAUGGAAUAUGCAACACCGAUGAGGUCCAACUUGGCUAAUGUGAGGCCGGUUACGAUGACAGAGUCAGAGCUGGGACCAUCUCCGUCAGAGGUUGCGGCUGCAAUGGCAAAGAAGCCGGUGAUCGAUGAGGAUACCUCAACAGUGGGAGGAUGGAGCUUGGAUGAGAGUGUGGAAGGGUUGGGGUCAAAAUUAGAUAGGUGGCGAUCGGAGUUGCCUCCGGUGAUAGACCAAGGUGAGAUGUCGAGCAUACCAACAACAAGCACGACGAAAACUAAAACUAGCCGCCACUCGCGGAGGCAUACAGACGGAGGGAAUGGGUUAUUUUCUUGCUUUAGUAAUAUCUGCGGUGUUGAGUGCUCCAUUGUAUGUGGUGGUGACUCUAAAAGCAAGUCCAAGGCCAACAAGAAUAGUCGCCGACUUACUUCUUCUGCCGACGGCAGUUCCAGCCUUCUGUGA